AUGAGCCUGGUCGUCGACGAAGAAUCACCUGCCGUCCUGGGCCUCCCCGGUCAGCGUGAGACCGCCUCAAACUCGGCGCAGAUCACUCGCAGAUGUGCAGGUUGGCUCCCGCGGAUCGAUGUACCUGCUUUCAUCGAAACAUCAAACAGAUCGCAGAUUCAGUCCCUCGUUGCCGAGCAGGGGAUACAUCCCGCAGCCGUCGACGACGUCGCGUCUACCUCCCCCUGUGCCUCCCCGGAUGCAUCUCAACAGCAGCGCAUCCUGCCCUCUCAGUCGAUCGCCAGCACCGGCAAAUACCGGGAAGGCGAGUCGGUAUGCGCCAACGUCCUGGCCAGGCGGCAGAUGACCAUCGGCGAAGACGAUCUCGAUACGCUGGAAACCCGCCGAAGACUCGCCGAGGGCACAGCCGUUGAUGAAAUCUCCAAGGUCUCCGCGAAUUGCACAAUCUUCUCGGUCCCCGGACACGCACUCACCAUCUGGGGGCUACGCAUCCUCGGCGCCAGUCAGAUGCAGGCCAGCGCCAGCAUCACCGAACCCUCGGAACGCUGCGACGCGCGCUCGCCAGCGCAGAGGAGUAUCUGGGUGCGGACCACCCGGAGACUAUAUGAACAUCGUGGCGCACAUGGGCAUGAUCGGUGCCUUGGCUCCAACGGUAUCUGA